CCGCCUCCUCGCAGCUCCGCGAGCCGCAGCUGCCCCCCCUGUCCUCAUUCAUGCCGGGCGGCGGGGCGGGGCACAGCCACCCCACCUGGCCGUACGGCAACGUGGUGGACCCCAAGUUCGCAGCCAAGGAUGCCACGUGGGACAGCGACCGCUGGGUGAGUGCCGUGUCCUCCUACCUGGCGCAGGAGGAGCAGCACAGGCGGGCGCUGCUGGCGGCGGCGGGCCCCGAGCGGGGCGGGGCGGCGGUGGUGGCGGCGGCAAGGCUGCUGGCUCGGCCGGGCAGUGCGAUGGGGGCGGUGCUGCGGAGGGAGCUGCUGGGCAGCUGGGAAGAGGCGGCGGACACGCUGCACAGCUCCUUCCACACCGCCCACCCCGCGGAGGACUGCCUGGUCAACACCUGGGUCGCCAGCGGGGGCGGGGGCAGCAGCAAGAGCGGCAGCCCCAGCAGCAGCCCCAGUGUGGCGGGCCGCUGGGUGCUGAUCGACCUGACAGCGGGCGGCAAGGACUGGGGCCCCGCGCUGGGGGGCGAGGGGGUGGUGCACACGCACACACUGCCCAACGUGCACGAGCUGUUCGGGGCGGUGAAGCGGAUCAAGGAGGAGGUGCGCCAGGCCGCCCUGCAACCCUCCCCCGACGGCUCCCAGCCGGCUUCCACCCACCAGGAGGCGGCGGUGGUUGCCGAGCUGGCUGCCGCCAAGGCCGCCCGCCUGCCCUCGGUGGCCAACAGGCACCACCACAUGUACCUGCUCAAGAAGCACGCCCGCAUGCACGGCUCGGGUGCCCCCGGCUCCUCCCCCGCUCCCGGUGCUGACCCCUCCUCCCCUCCCAUCUCCGAGGAGGAGGCCGAGCGGCAGUGGCGGCUGCAGCACCAGGUGGUGCUGCUGCAGGCGGAGCUGGACGUGAUCGAGGAGUGGGCGCUGAGGUACUGCCAUGAGCAGGCCCACCCCCCGCUGGCCUGCUCCGGCUGGCGCGAGGAGGCCGCAGCGCUGCGUGCGGGGCUGUCCAAGCUGCACGGCGCAGCGGGCGCGGAGGCGACCUACGAGCUGUUCCGGCAGCACCGCUGGGAGAUAUUCGGACAGGAGUCGGAGGACUGGCUGCAUCAACGCCCCGACCUGUACGACGAGGAAGAGAUCUCCCGCGACACGCUGCUCAGUGAGCUGGCAGGCGCCAUGUCGCGGGCCAUUCGCCACGUCAUCGCGCCGCCAACCGCCACCUGGCAACCGACUGCCAGCCGACUGACCCAUGGGUCAGUGCAUGGCGCCGCCGGCACACCACCACUUCAUGCGGCGGCUGGUGCGGCUGCGGGCAGCAAGCAUGUGUCGUCACUGGCAGCAGCGGCAGCGGGCGUGGAUUCGGACCUGGAUUUGGAAUCAGCAGGCCAUUACCCGCACCCGCACCCACACAUGCAUCAGCAUCAGCAUCAGCAGCUCCCGGCAUUCGCCUACCAUGUGCACUUCCAGAUCCACCUCAUCUCCGACUCCUCCCGCCAGCGUCGCGGCUCGGCAGCUGCGGCGGCGUUUGAUGUGGAGGCGUUCAAGGCCGAGGUGGACACCCUGCGCAUGAGGAACCAGGCCUUCAAGUUCAGUGUGCACCCCGCGGCCCUGCACGACCAGCCCGCCCUGGCUGCUGGUCUGGCUGCUGCCACCCGCACCGCGCUGCAGGAGGUGCCGUCGGGGGAGGACUUCUUCGAGGCUGAGAUGGAGCGGGUGUACGUUGACAGCACGGAGCUGGCCGCCACCCUGCGCACCCUCUUCCCACCCACCCGGCAGCAGCAGCAGCGGGAGCAGCAGCAGGCGGGCAGACAGGGGGUGGCGCUCACGUCCCCCUCCCGCGACCUGCCCGUCUACGUGUUCCUGCUGGAGCGGGACGUGCCGGUGCUGCUGGACGCGCACUACAACGCGCGCGAGCUGGGGGACAUGGUGAUGGUGGUGGCAAACAGCGCCAGGAGGGACGAGCCCCCCACCGGCAUGAUGUGCGGCGGCUCGCUGCUGCCGCGACCCACCUCGCCGCUCAAGGAGGCGCUGGCGGCAGUGCUGGGGGCGCUAGGUGGGCUGCUGCCGCCGCACCUGGGUUACGACCCGCGCACCCACAGCAUCAGCCACGACUGGCUGUGGAGUGUGGGGGGCCACCCGCUGUCCUUCACGUCAACGGGCCUGCACUACGCCCCCCUCCAGCGCGACGCCCUGGCUCGCUCGCACCUGAUUGACGCGCUGGACGCCAGUGUGGGGGCGGUGAACGGGGCGGUGGGGCGGCUGGCGCGGGUGGCGGCCUCGGAGCACGUGUGGAAGCACCUCAAGGCCCACCAGGCCGCUGCCCGGGAGAUCGUACGGCAGUACGGCCAGGUUGUGUCGUACUGGCGCUCCGCAGUGGCCACCGCGUACGGCCUGGACCUGUCCUCCGCUCUGGAGUACCUGCGGGCGCUGGAGGGGCAGCUGGGGGCGCUGGAGCGGGCGGUGGGGGAGCUGGCGGAGCAGUCCGAGCCGCUCCGUUGCCGCUCCCAGGUUGUGGGGCAGCCGCUGCUGGUGCGGCGUCUGGCGCCCCUCAGCUGGGGGCUGAGUGGGCUGGCGGCGUUGGGGGCGCUGGGUUGGGGGGCGGGGCUGGGGCCGGGGGUGUGGAGGAAGAAGGCAAAGGCCAGCUGAGGAGGAGGGUGGAGAAAAAGAAAACUAGUUCUCAUUGCCCGAAAUUCAAUGCCCUAGACAGGCACUACUAACGAGCUGAGGAGGGGCGGGGAAGGAGAGGUAGAGGAAGGCUAGCCAUAAAGCAGCAAGGCCGCGCCACCAUGUGUUUUUGCUUAUUUAUAUGGUCGCCGACCCAUCCAGCCUAACCCGAACGGGGUUGAUAAGUACGUACGCUGGAGUGUGCUUGGUUGGAGGGAGGGAGGUGGAAGCACUACUCGCACUUAUUGGGCGUGUCGUGGACAGCAUUACCGGUGCCGGUAUUAUUGGAGGGGUGGUGUUGCUGUGCUUGCGUGCAAGUCCGUAUUACGUUGCCAUGAAGGUGUUAGGUGAAUGUAUAUGCAGCUCGGGGCUUGCUUGGCGGCCAACAGAGCAGGUGUGGCUGCUGGGGCUGUGAGGGAUAAUGCAAUAAGUAAGGGUGCUUAACGGAUGCAGUUGCACA